AUGGUGUCUCCUCUCAGCUCUGUGGGUGGUGUGGCUGUGGAACAAGAGAGGCCCAUCAAGAUUGAGCCUAAGACCCAGGGAGGGCCAGGACAACAGGAGAGCUGUGAUCCUAUGGCACAGAGAACCUACCCAGAGCAGCUACGCAGGGAGCCUAUGACUGACAAGAGGGGGGGAGGCACAGAUAAGAUUCCCGGGGGCAGGGUAGCAUCUCUGGACCCUGAGCUGCUGAAACCCAUGAAGAAGAGGAAGAGGAAGGACUACCUGAGUCCGUCAGAGGAAGAAUCUGAGCUGGAUGGAAUGGAUUACUUGAAGACAGAAAGCAGACACAACAAAGCAGGUGCUGUUGAAGUCCAUAUGGAUCUGUGGACAUGGGGACAGUAUCUGGAGGAGACCAAAGCAGUGGCAGCUCCGGCCAAACUCUUUCAAGAGUCUCAGAGAGUCCCGCAGUGCAAAAGCAGCUUCCGCCAAGGCAUGAAGUUAGAGGGCAUCGACCCCCAGCACCCCUCCAUGUACUUUGUUCUGACUGUGGCUGAGGUUUGUGGCUACAGGCUGCGUCUCCAUUUUGACGGCUACUCAGACUGUCAUGACUUCUGGGUAAAUGCCAACUGCCCCGACAUCCACCCGGCGGGAUGGUGUGAGAGCACUGGACACAAACUCUACACCCCCAAAGAUAAGAGUACACUGGGCUUUGGCUGCAAAGAGGAGGAGUUCUCCUGGGCCAGCUACCUGAAAAUGAGUAAAGCACAAGUUGCCCCUAAAGAGGUGUUUGCCAGCCCUGGAAGAACGGAUACGGAGUGUGGUUUUGAGGUGGGCAUGAAGCUGGAGGCGGUCGACCGCAUGAACCCCUCUCUCAUUUGCGUGGCGACCGUGACCGACGUGGUGGACGACCGCUUCCUGGUUCACUUUGAUAACUGGGACGACACGUACGACUACUGGUGUGAUGCCAGCAGUCCAUACAUCCAUCCUAUUGGCUGGUGCCAAGAGAGGAGCCUCCCCCUCACGCCGCCUCAAGAUUACCCAGACCCAGGCAGGUUCUCCUGGCCAAGGUACCUCGACGAGACUGGCUCUACCGCCGUUUCUGCUGAGGCUUUUAAAGUGCGUCCUGCCCAUUGCUUCCAGGCUCAGAUGAAGCUGGAGGUGGUGGACAAAAGGAGCCCCGGCCUCAUACGGGUGGCCACAGUGGAGGAGGUCGACACCCACCGCAUUAAGAUCCAUUUUGAUGGCUGGAGUCAUAUGUAUGAUGAGUGGAUGGACUCGGACCACCCUGACACCCACCCGGUUGGCUGGUGUGAGAGUACGGGUCACCCGCUAAAAAUCCCACCCCCUGAGUCCAACAAAACCCAACACCUUGACCCCAGGGAGCCUGCAACCACAGGCCAGUCCAGUUUCUCCUCCAUGCCUUGCAAAGUAAUCAGCCACUCCAGAUCCACCAAGUACAGCUUCCAUCACAGGAAGUGUCCGACGCCUGGAUGUGAUGGCUCGGGUCAUGUGACUGGGCGGUUCACAGCGCAUCACUGUCUGUCAGGCUGCCCAUUGGCUGAGCGAAACCAGGGUAGACUCAAAACCGACCUAUCAGAUACAGAGGGGAGCGGAGCCAAGCGGAACAUCUUAAUCUUUGGCCAAAGGACCAAAAAGUCCCGGUACCAUGGCAGGAUUGGUCGUCCCCCCAAGUAUAGAAAAAGCCAGCAUAGAGGUUACCAGACGAUAGCCCCAGAGGGUAUGUGCCCAUCUCUGUUCAUGUCUGCCCUGUCGGCCCACCCGGACCGAACCCUGUCUCUGUGCUGGGAGCAACACUGCAAACUGCUGCCGGGCGUCCAGGGCAUCCAUGCUACACAGGUGGCAGCAUGGACCGUGGAGGAGGUCUUUGGAUUUGUCCAGAAACUGACUGGUUGUGAAGAACAAGCCUGUGUCUUCAAAGAGGAAAUGAUUGACGGGGAGGCCUUCCUAUUACUGACACAAACUGACAUCGUCAAAAUCAUGAACAUCAAACUUGGUCCCGCCCUCAAGAUCUCCAACGCCAUUUUAAUGUUCAAGAGUAUUGACGAAGGCCUCAAGUGAUCCUGUCCCCACUCGGCCAGAGACUCCGUGACUAAUCAUCAUGUGCCAAAAUCAUCCAGAACCCUACCCCUGUUAUGUGUUUGGUGUUCAAUACCCAUCAGAGAGAGAACAGGAGAGGGGGCUGAGAGAUGAAAGUGGGGUGAGAGUGGAAAAGAGAUGGGGACAGAACUGAGAAAGAUAAAUAAAAAGUGUAAGCAAAUGUUUUUAUAAGGUUGCUUCACUGGUCGUGCAAUAAAAUUAGUAAAAUCUUACCUGAAAGUGUAA